GGGAGAGGCACGUUCAAGCAGCAGGCUGUGACAUCUUAUUAUUCCGACCCUGUGGAGCACACAUGGCACAUGACGAUUAUGCAGUUCAUUGUUGAGAGUGGAGUGUUGUUCAAAAGCUUCAAACAUAUGUUUGAGAUUAACAUCCCACCAGGGGACUUUGUUCAUGGGGCACCUACGCCCAAGCCGCCCACAUACCACAUGAUCCGCACAACCCUUUUGAAUGAGCUUGACGUGGAGGUCCAAAAGUGCAUGAAGCCAAUCCUUAGCACUUCCACACAUAGUGGAUGCACAAUCAUAAUUGAUGGAUGGACCAACAUCCGCAGUCAAAUGGUGUGCAACUACCUGGUUGGGACGAAGAGAGGGGCUGCGUACAUUGCCACAGAUGUCAUGCGAGGGAAGAAGGACGCCACAUGUUUGGCAAAUUUGUGGUUGAAGAGAUUGAAAAACAUUGAUAUUCCAACGAGGGAUAUCACUGCAUUCGUCACUGAUAUUACUGUUGUGAACCUGGUUGCUAUGAAUGUUUUUGAGCAAGAUGAGAGUGUCAAGCACAUCUUUUGGAUUCCUUCUGGGGUGCAUGUGAUGAAUCUCAUCCUUGAGGACAUUGGAGGGAUAGAUUCGGUGGCCACCCGUAUUUCACAGGCAGGACUGGUUACCAAGUUUUUCAAGUGCCACAGUUUUGCACGAGAGUUGUUGGAGGGUUUCACGAAAACGCAAUUGGUGUUGCCUACGGAGACCUGCUUCGGCACAAACAUUAUCAUGAUGAGGAGACUUAUCGAGGUGCAGUCGAAUCUGGUUGAUGUCAUUGUCGACAGUCGAUGGCGUGAUGCUGUUUGGGGGACUCGUACGAUUCGCGAGGAAGCUGCAGAGGUGAUGUUGUAUGUGGGGUCUCCUCCGUGGUGGGAAAAUUUGAGAGCUUUAUGCAAGAUGCUGGAUCCCAUCAUGGAAAUGUUGCAGAUGUUUGAUUGUGAUAAGCAACAAAUAAACAAGAUUUUCCGCAGGUAUGAGACCAUGACCGCCAGUUGCUUAUCUGCCCCGGGUGCUCUUGAGGAGGUGCAGCAGAAGGACUUCCUAGAAGUUUUUGACAAGUACCAUAAUAUGUUCAAGACGCCCGCUCACAUUGCUGCUAUGAUGUUAGAUCCGGAGUUUCGAGACCCCACACUCGUGGAUGAUGACGAGAUACAACGUCUGAUUCUUGCUUUGGUGACGUUUGGCUAUCCUGAGGGAUCAGAGCAGCACAAGGAUGUCCUCACCGCCAUUGACAAGUUUCAUGUUGCGGAACCUCCAUUUGAUCUCGUAUCAGUGGAACGGGCCCUGAGGAGCUAUAGCGAUCUAGCGAAGAUAAAUUGGGCAGUCCAUGAGGGCAUCAACAUGAAGAAGUGCAACAGAUUGGCGUUUGAGAAGGUGGUGAAGCUUGUGGAAAUCACUGCAAACAUGCAGUUGAUGAGCUAUAGGCAGUCGGACAGCGACAAUGUUCUUCCCUGGCAGCGUGACAAGACCAUGUUGGACGUCACUGCGGAGAUAGAGUUGGAGCCGGCGGCCACAGGCAAGCGAGAGGGGAUGACAGAGGAGGAGAUCGCAGAGCAGAUUGUCAGCAUCUCCAAGGACCCCAUCGGCACGGCUCCACCACCUGGUGUCGCAUUCGUAUUCGGCGAGCAUGCCACAAUUUUUCGUCCCUAUUAUAGGGACAACGAAUCUGACUACGAGCACGACUUCGACGAUGAGCACAAUCUUCACCUAUCCAUCCCCAGGGAGAUAGAUGAGACUCACUUGAGUGAUGCUGAUGUUGACUUGGGCCGGAGGGAUACACAAACGACCAAUGAGUGCUUCAAGAUGGGGGGUCUUGAGGAUUUAUGGGGCGAGUAUGGCCAGGGGGGGGAUGACAAAGAGGGUAGGGAAGAGGAAGAAGAGAAAAAAGAGGAAGAAGAAGAAGAAGCAGAAGAAGUAGAAGAAGGGGAGGAAGAAGAAGCAGUAGAGGAGGGGUUAGAUGACUGGGGGGAUACUGUAGAAGAUGUCGGCGGGGAAGGUGCUGGCGAUGGUGAUGGGGAUGAUGAUGAUGGUGGUGGGGAUGCCGGUGGCGAUGGUGGUGGGGACACCUAUUGUAGUGGCGGUGGGGGAGGAGGUGGUAGUGGUGAUGGUGGUGGUGGACGAGGAGGAGGUCGUGAUGGUGGUGGUGGUGGCAGCGGCAGUGAGGAAGGAGGCACCCUUUCGGUAUGCCCGUUCUCCGGCUGGGCUGGCGUAUCCACGUUGGCGUUUGCCAGUUCAACAGGAAUAACAGGAGGGGGUAGACCUGCUGUACCGCGUGCUGUGUGGAGGGCUGAUGUCGCCUGCAGCCAUAAUUGGUGUUUGGGAUUGGGUGAUGGCCUGUUGCAUGUGAUCGGGAGGAGGGUCUGUAUGUGGAGUGUGCAUUCAGCAGUGGGUGAGCAAUGGCCCAGCGCACCAUGCAACGAAACCAAUUUAAGAGUCGAGUGACAUGAGUGGGUAGCCGGCGCUGCAGGCCAUGCACAUAUCGAGUGACAUGAGUGGGUAGCCGGCGCUGCAGGCCAUGC